AUGGAGCCUGCGACGGAUACUCCAAGUACCCCGUCAGCUGCGCCUGCUCAGGCACCGCCUAAGUUCUCACGAUAUCGAUCUGUUAGACAGGCUGCUGCAAAAGCUCAGGCUCACGCCGAGGCCCCAGUCUCCUCGCCUGCUCCUGCUCUGCCUAACACGCAGCAGAAUGAUGUUGCAGCAAAACCAAAAAGUGAAACAAUUGCAAGAAGUAUGUCUAGAUAUCGCCGUGCUAGGCAGGCUGCAACUACUCAGGCCCCUGUGCCAAGUGUGCCUACCUCCAUUCCCCCCAAGCAGCCCCAGCCGGUGACGUCGCCUCCGAUGCCAGAUCAUGGCUUCCCUCAGGUGACGCCACAACAAGCUGAAGCUCAAGAGAAAUUGGAAAAGCUGAACCUAGCUGAAAGGAACCUGAGGAAAGAAGAUGCCGUGCCAUCGAGACAGGUUGUCGAUGAUGAUGACGAGCGUGAGUUGUCAGCUCAAGAGAAGGAGAGGAUGAGGCAAGAAGCCAUGGAACGGUUGACGGGGGCAGGCAGGCCACAGACAGCACGUGCUCGGGAUUCUUCCAGGUCACGAGAGCCCCAGCAUCAUCCUCAGAGACCCCCAGAGAAGAGACGUGAAGAAAGGCAACCACCACAGGAAAACACAGAACAAAAACGUCUUUCCUGGAAAGAGAAACUAGGCUUCUCGCGCCCCAAGACUCAUGCGGACGGACGUCAGCCCCAUGACACUUCGAAGAAGGAUGCCACGAAGGAGCCUGGUGGUGGAUUUGGCCCAGGCAUCGAUGCUCCCAUUUCUGCUGUUAAUUCUGGCGAGAGAAGAGUCUUGGUGAAAUGCAAUGCGUCGUCGAUCAACCUACCAGUAACCCCUACCACGCGUGCCAGAGACAUCAUUUUCUCAGCAUUGAAUUGCCUGUCAGAGCCAGACAUUGACCCUAACACGGCAAUUCUCCUGGAGUCUUUUUCUCUACUCGGCCUUGAACGGCCGUUACGAAGAUAUGAGCACGUACGAGACGUCAUGAACUCAUGGGCCACUGAUACCCAGAACUCCUUGAUCAUUACACCUCCAUCCUAUGAUGGUGCAGGUGAGAGACUAGAAGUCGAAGCCGCCCCGCGCGAGCAGCCCAAGGAUGCUACAUUCCACCUGUACCACUCCCAGAAGCCUGGGAAAUGGGACAAACGAUAUGUUACUCUGCGUUCUGACGGCCAAGUUUCUGUGUCCAAGAAGCCGGAUGGUCAAGAGGCGACGAACAUCUGCCAUCUAUCGGACUUUGAUAUCUACUCCCCCACACACCGCGAGACGAAGAAGCUGAAGCCACCGAAGAAGCUGUGCUUCGCAAUCAAGAGCCAACAAAAGUCAUCUAUGUUCAUCUCUACCGAGAACUUUGUCCAUUUCUUUGCCACCAGCGACGCUGAACUGGCCCAAAAUUGGUACGAUGCCGUCCACGGUUGGCGGAGUUGGUAUUUGGUCAAUAUUCUCGGAGAAGGUCAGAAGCAGAACGACUCUUCCAAUUCAUCCAAAUCUGGAGACUUGUCUCGCUCAGCUUCACGCCGUAAGCGAAAUAGUUGCGAGUCGACACCGUAUCAGCUAGGAUCAUUCACUCCGCUGCUUGACAUUGAUUCAGUUGGACGGAAUGAAGACACGUCUUCCAAUAAAAAGGCCGGCCAACCGAGUACAACUCAAGAGAUGUACCUCCGCAAGAAGCAGACUCGUACCCAUGCGCCUCCUCCUUCAUCAUUUCCGAUGUCACUUGCUGCUGACACGGAAGAUGAUCAACAGAGUGCCGGAUAUGGCAAGACUACUUGCCCCAGAGAUGACGACUCAGAGACAUUUUCCCCAACAGGGCUUCUGGGCAGGACCUAUAGUCUGCGAAAGGAGGCUCAGCGCGAGAGGGAAGCAAAGUUGGCGAGAGAAAAUUCAAGCGAGGAGCCAGUGUUUUCCGGUCUGCUAAAGAACUUGGGUUCACCAACCUCUCCAUCGUCGGCAAAUAACCCUAUCAGUAAUCCUCCGAGCCGCCAACCCAGUCAAGCCAGUCGAUCAAAUACAAUGCGCUCAAUUNACCCCCCAGAAUUCGACAAGCGUGGACGGUCGAAUUCCAACCGUCAGCAACCCAAGCCGCUUGUGGACCUGACGCCUGUCUUCCGCGAGCCGCCGCAGCAUUCCCGUAAGGGUCAUGGGGUAAAGGUCGCGCCGGGUGUGCCUCUUGUCGAGGCUGCCACUGGACCUGAGCUUGCGCCCGGUGCGGUUGCCAUACCCCCUGCGACGACCUGGAGACGGCCAGAAGCACAGAGCAGGCCCGCAACGGCCAGAGAGGCAUCAUCCGCUCGUCAUCGCGCGAACUCGGCCCGCAGCCAGCACCAGAUGCCGCAGAAUAAUCUGGUCAGUGACCUGAGCUCUCCUGUGAGUCCUGAAAAUCCGUUCACGCCUAGCAGCCUUUUGGCCCGCUCGAUGCAACCGGCUACAUCAUCCUCGACCACAGGGAUUGGCCGUGGGGUCGCCACCGGUGACCGGAAUGCGAGCAAACCGUUGCUUGAUAUGACGCCGAAAAGCGAGUUUGCCGAAGGUAGUCUGCUGCGCAAUCUGGAGAAGGGACUCUAG